CUUUGGUUGUGCUCUCACACAUUUUCAUUCCUCUUAUUAAGUGAUCUCUCCCUUGGUGGAGAUUACUACUAGCUACCAGUAUACACACCUAGCUAGCUAUCGAAAAGUUGGUGUUUUUGUCACUCAGGAAGAGAGGGGAAAAAAGGAAAAAAGAAGAAAACGAAAAGAUAAUGGCAGGAGCAGCCAUCUCAAAGGCCUUCCCACCAAACAACCCACCUCAUCACGACUCCAACCUCCCCCCUCCUCCCAAGAAGAAGAGAAACCUCCCAGGCACUCCAGAUCCGGAUGCGGAGGUGAUCGCGCUGUCGCCGAAGACGCUGCUGGCGACGAACCGGUUUCUGUGCGAGAUCUGCGGGAAGGGGUUCCAGCGGGACCAGAACCUGCAGCUGCACCGGCGGGGGCACAACCUGCCGUGGAAGCUGCGGCAGCGGAGCGGGAAGGAGCCGCGGAAGCGGGUGUACGUGUGCCCGGAGAAGAGCUGCGUGCACCACAACCCCGCGCGGGCGCUCGGCGACCUCACGGGGAUCAAGAAGCACUUCUGCAGGAAGCACGGCGAGAAGAAGUGGAAGUGCGACAAGUGCUCCAAGCGCUACGCCGUGCAGUCCGACUGGAAGGCCCACUCCAAGACCUGCGGCACCCGCGAGUACCGCUGCGACUGCGGCACCCUCUUCUCCAGGAGAGACAGCUUCAUAACUCACAGAGCAUUCUGUGAUGCUUUAGCCGAAGAGACGGCGAGGGUUUCUGCGGCAGUGAACAUCGCCAACACCGCCAACUUUCUAUUCACUGGCGGCGGCUUGAUCGGAUCCGACAUGCUACAUCCUUUGUCAUCCAACAAUCUCAAGCUAAAUAUAUCUAACAGUGAUCAUCAAGGUAAUAAUAAUAACAAUAACAAUGAUGAACAAUGUAGAAAUAAUGGGCUCUCACUGUGGAUGGGCCAUGGAUUGACUCACACUACUGAGCCUUUGAGCGCCAACAUUGCUACAACCCUGAACGACGUGCACCACAUGAACCCUAUGAGUGCUCAUGCAACGUUGUAUACUGAUGAUCUCUUCACCAACACUGCAUCGAAUGGGCAACUGCAUCUCGAUCACAACCAGUUAAGUUGGUUGUAUAGCGGCGGCAACAAAGUAUCGUCAAAUGCGAGCACGGGCGAGUUCACGAAUACUCUGAAGGAGAUUGAAACUCCCCAGUCUCUUCUCACGAGCAUUCCUUCCUUGUUUAGCAACCAGCACCGCUCGACGUCUGCGCCAGUGUCGGACAUGUCGGCGACCGCACUGCUGCAAAAAGCGGCUCAAAUGGGCGUCACGUCGAGCGCUACUACGCCGUUCAUGAUAGGGAGCUUUGAGUCCAAGUCCAAUGGCACUCAUGAGGCACUUGAUCAGGAGUGCAACAAGUUAGGCGAGCAGCAUCACGGUUUCUUCGGAUCGAAUUCGAACCCCUCGAGCAAUCUCGAGAGCAUCAUGAACGGAUUCACGGGGUCGAGCCCGUUCGAGAUGUUCACGGCUGCGACGAUGAGGCGCCAUGUAUCACUUAAGGAUGAUAUCGGAGGCGGAGGAGGAGAGACCAGAGAUUUUCUGGGUGUUGGAUCAGUGCAAACACUUUGCCCUCCAUCAAUCAAUGGAUGGAUUUGAUCAAGUUUCUUAUGCAGGUUAAUCAAUGACAAUUAAGCAUAUCCAAGGAGAUCAAAAGCUAGUUGUUGAGGAAAGAGGUAUCUGGGUAUGUGGGAGAAAUGCUUUUCUAUGCAAAACUUUGUAGGGGAUAGAAAGAUGAUUUAUAUAUAUAUAUAUGCAGGGUGGUUCAAUCUGCUAAUUAAGAACUA